UGACUCAAACUCCGAGUCACGUGACUGAUAUUCCAUCCUCGCCAUUUUGCAAUGUGGGAGAGAGAGAGGCCACUUUUUAUGGCAAACGAAUAAAACAAAGCAGUUUUAUUUCUUGAGGACAAAGAGCGCCGAGCCUUUACGUGUCAGUCAUGGAUGAGAACAGCAAUGUAGCUGUCCUCAUCACAGACUCCUCCACUGCUUCCUCCUCCUCCACAGCCUUGGCAGUGGGGUCCUGCUCUCAAACCAAGACCCAGCAGGCUGUAAAUCCCCACAUCCCCAGGAUUAUUCAGCAAAAACAAGCUGAUGAUUCUCUCAUCCAGGUCAUUCAGAAGCUCAGUAAGAUCGUGGAGAGGCAGCCUCAGCGACAGAAAAGAGGACUCCACCUGCCGGCCACUGCUGAGGAUGGGUCGAGUUGCAGAGGCUCCCCGUCCAAGAAAAUCAAGAAGAACUGUAACGAGGACUCCAGCAAGGUUGACGGCAGUCUGUCUUCACCUCCGUCAGGUGAUGAUAACAACAACGACAUCACCUCUGCAGUAACGGGGGCGGCUGGUAAUUCCGGCCGAAGCGACAGCAAGCGGACGGUGACAUGCUAUCAGUGCAGCCUGUGCCCCUACCUCUCCCAGACGCUGCCCCAGCUGAAGGAACACCUGAAGCAACACAAUGAGCAGCACAGCGACCUCAUUCUCAUGUGCUCCGAGUGUCACUUCACCUCCAGAGACCAGGCACAGUUGGAGGCACAUGUCAGGCUGCACUUUGACGAAGGAGGCGACGUGAAGAGGAGUUUAGAUCCAUGCACUGAAGGGAAGACGGAGGGCUUACGAAAGCAGGAUGGGGACAGAAUGGGGGAAGAUAUGGUCACAAGUUCAGUGGAUGGCUCCAAAGAGCUACCACAGAAGAAGAAAUGGUACAGCUACGAGGAAUAUGGUUUAUACCGCUGCUUGAUCUGCAGUUAUGUGUGCAGCCAGCAGCGGAUGCUAAAAACCCACGCAUGGAAGCACGCCGGCCUGGUCGACUGCUCUUAUCCCAUCUUUGAGGAUGAAGAAGGAGGUUCCACGAGGAAGGAGAUACAAGCCGCUGUUAACAGUGCAACACCCAGAGAGGAUUUAGUUGUUUUUUCGUCAGCUCUUCAAGACAAAAACCCGCAGAAGCUCCCAGCUGCCUUCAAACUCCAGCUCUGCAUGCCUGUGGGCGUUGAGAGCAAACAAGACGCACUGAAUCUUACCAUCGCUAAUCCCAAAAAAAGUCCAAAAAAAGAGGAGGAAGAGGAGGAAAAUGGAUACCCCAUCAAAGAUGUGAGCUCCGUGGAGCCUGUGGUGGAGGUGCACGUGACAACCGAGACAGACGGUGAGGUGGAGAUGGACGGUCACCAUGAUGGUACGUCUGUAAAGGACAGCCUCCUGUCAUCGGCUCAGAAGAUCAUUAACAGCAGCCCCAACAGCGCCGGCCACAUCAACGUGAUCGUAGAGAGACUUCCUUCUGCUGAGGACUCAGUCAUGGCAACCAAGCCGCUUCUUCUCAGCCCAGAUGUCCACAACAACAAGAGAUUACUGGAUGCUCAGGGGGAAGACCAGGACCACGUAGGGGGUUUGAAAGAGGAUCUUAGUUGCAGUCCAGAACUUAGCGACAGUCGGUCAGUAACAGGUGACGUGAAACCCUCUGUUAGUAAAAGUAACGACUCUUCAAGUGAUGAAAACAUCCCGCCGGCCGGACGUAAGAGGACACACUCUGAGUCUCUCCGACUGCACUCACUGGCUGCAGAGGUCCUCGUGGCGAUGCCCAUGAGGACGCCAGAGCUGCCCACCUCCAGCGCCAAGGUAAGUCUGAAGACCGUUUCAACACAGAACCCACAAAUGGAGCAGAAUCUCUUUGAGGUGAAUAAAACUGAACAGAAGGCUUCUGACAAAGACACCUCAGCAGCUCUGUUAGACUUGGAGCUUCGCAGCAAGAGCAGAGAGGAGGAUCUGAGCAUCGGGGAAGGAGACGAGGAAAGCCCCGCCGCUAAAGCCGGCAUCAGCCUUUCACUCCUUACCGUCAUUGAAAGACUCAGAGAGCGCUCAGACCAGAACACCUCAGAUGAAGACAUCUUGAAAGAGCUUCAAGAUAACGCACAGCUGCAAAACGGAGCCAUAGCCGGCAUGGUCACGGAGAACGGUGCUGAGGGUUAUGUGUGCAGCAUACCCAGUAUGGGUGGCUUGGUUGGCUCACCGGAUGGGGGUUUGGUGGAUUACAUCCCCGGCAGCGAGAGGCCGUACCGAUGCCGCCUGUGUCGCUAUAGCAGCGGCAAUAAAGGCUACAUUAAACAGCAUCUGCGAGUGCACAAGCAGAGGCAGCCGUAUCAGUGUCCCAUCUGUGAGCACAAAGCCUCAGACAGUAAGGACCUAGAAAAUCACAUGAUCCACCACUGCAAGACCAGGAUGUACCAGUGCAAGCAGUGUCCAGAUGCCUUUCACUACAAGAGUCAGUUAAGAAGUCAUGAAAGAGAUCACCACAGCUUUAGUGGUGACAUGACGGAGCUCUCAGCAGUCACCGAAACCAUCACCGUGGUGGAAGAAUCAGAACGGGGAGCAGAUGAAGAGGGUUGUAUGCAGAAGAUGUAUAAGUGUGACGUGUGCAACUACACCAGCUCCACGUAUGUUGGGGUGAGGAACCACAGGCGGAUUCAUAACUCUGAUAAGCCGUAUCGGUGCUGCAGCUGUGACUUUGCCACCACUAACAUGAACAGUUUGAAGAGCCACAUGAGGAGACACCCUCAGGAGCACCAGGCUGUGCAGCUGCUGGAGCAGUACAGGUGCUCCCUGUGUGGUUAUGUGUGCAGUCAUCCCCCGUCUCUGAAAUCCCACAUGUGGAAACAUGCGGGAGACCAGAACUACAACUAUGAGCAAGUUAACAAAGCCAUUAAUGAGGCCAUCUCCCAAAGCAGCCGAGCUCCUCCGAAGUUGUCUGCUGUCCUGGAGUCAGCGGCCGAGUGUCCAGUGGCGGCCCCCCACUCAAAAGACCAAUCGAAAGGGCCAGUGGAACCUCACCCAACGAGCACAUCCGCGCCAAAAGCUGCUCUGUCUGUUGAAAGCACAGCGGGCCUGCCCACACCUCCCACAGACUAUUCACAGUGGCCCAGUGAAUCCCCGAGCCCCCAGGAGAAGGAAACCACAGAGCCCCAGUCACAUUCCCAGAGCCAUCCACGAUCAGGCCCGUUAUCUGUCCCGGGUCCGGGGAUGGAGUACUGCGUGCUCCUGUUCUGCUGCUGCAUCUGCGGCUUUGAGUCCACCAGCAAGGAGCGCCUGAUGGAGCACAUGAAGGAGCACGAGGGCGACAUCAUCAGUAUCAUCCUCAACAAGGAGCAGCAGCAACCAGGAGCCCACCCAAGCCUUCAGACAGCAGAGUGAGGACCCCCCAUAAUAACACACACAGCCAUUUCAUUAUGUUUCUUUACCUCAUGGAGGGGUUAACUGUUCGUCUAACAGUGUCUUCAGAGAGGCUGUCGCCCUCAGACAGAGAUUCAGUCAUUUUCCAAGUUAAAGGAAUGUGAGGCUAAUGUAAGCCGUUAAUUUUCAUUUCAGACAUUUUUACGUCAAAAAGCUUCGACCCAAGUUCAUUUUUCUCCAAAUAGCUCAUACCUCACAAAACCACACAAUCCCGCGCAGACUGAGAAAACUUCCAUUUUUACUUGUAUAAUCUUGAGCACAAGGCAGCUUUUUAUUUGCUACUGUAGUAUUUAAUCUAUUUAAUUCACAGCUGAGGUCUCAUGUAGUAAAAGGAGCUUCAUGUGCAAACUCACCAAUGCCUGAAGGCAUGCAUCACAGCAUGAAUGCCAUUUAAUAUUUAUCUGUUUAUUUUUAUGAUGCGUGUCAUUUUCCAGGUUGCUGGUUUAAAGAGAAGCAUCUUCAGUAACUUGUAAUUUUACCUGUUAGAAGCUUCGGUAGGAGAAAGAAAUAGUCUGUAGGGAGGAGUGGAUGUUGACCACAGCAGAGGAGGAGCUGGCCUUUGAUUGGCGGUGUUGGUGAAAAGCAUGUUGAUAAAAAGGGAAUUUGUCAUUGGUGAUCCUGCUAUUUUCAUUGAAUGGUGCCAAGUUAUUUCAAACGUAUGAUUGUGGUGCUAGGAUCAUUUUAAGAGUUGAAGGUUUUAAUGUAUUUUUAUAUCCUUGUCUGUUUUUAUGUUGUAAUGUUCUCAUAAAGAUCUUAAAGUUCAAACUUUCUGCUGGCUGUCCCAGCUGAACGUGUCUGAAAUAAGAGGAUAUGGAAGUGGAAAUAAAAUGUGGAAGGUGA